CAACAUCUCGAAUUGCUCAGGAUGUGGCUAAAGCAUCCCGAUUGCUGCUCCCUUCCAUUGGUGUACAGCCACAAUUUUUUUUCGAGUGGCCCAGGUUCGCAUGGCACAGUUAGGCAGCAUCCAAUUGCUUAACUUUGGCAUAAAGUUGCACAUGGAGCAGAUGUUGGCAGCCGACGCCAGCUGUGGCCAAGUUUAUAAGUUGUAUGUGUGCGGUUGUAUGUUUUAGAGUUAUUUCUGAAGUUGCAUAACUUUGCGUGGGCACGAAAACAAACCCAUAAGUACAUAUGUAUGUAUGUCUGCUGACUAUUGCAAUUUGGACCUGGGCGUCACGGAUUGAUGUUGACUGCUCAGUUUGUUUAUUGCUGCAGCCAUGGAAACGUGUCGCACUUGUGCAAGGUGCGAUUUCGAAAAUGGCAACAACUAUUGGCUGGACAUGUUCCAUCCAACGCGUUGGCAGAGCGAGAUGGCGCAAAUACGCUUGGAGUUUGUCAACUGGAAGUUACAGAUCUCACCAAACGAUGGACUGCCCCAAAAAAUUUGCAGCGAUUGCUUUACAAAAUUCUGCUCCAUAUACACUUUUCGUAUGGCCUGCCAGGACGCACAGUUAAAGUUGUCGAAUAUUUUUGAUAAAAUAGAUGCGAAUUCGCUCUAUGAUAAAAACGACGAGGACAAUAUUGAGGUGGAUGUGGAUGAAAUAAAAGCCGCGACCGAAAUAGUAACAGAAACAACGACAACAACACAAAACACUGCCAAUAUUGAGGCCAACACGCAAACACCCAUAGAAAUCUUUGUGGAAACGAUUAGCAUCAACGAAUCUGAAUCCUUACAGCCAGAUGAGGAAACCGAUUUAGCUUCAGAUUACAACACAUUAAACAUAAGCUAUGCUUGUAAAUUUUGUCACAAGCCACAGGAAAGCUUUGAGCUGCAGCACCUAUUACUAGAGCACAUUAGUAACGCACAUGAUCCGGAUCAGCCCUACAACUGUCCGGAGUGCACAGAGUGCUUCCAAGAUGCCGCAUCGCGUACGGUGCACAUGAAGAGCAUUCAUGUGGUAAAGCAUCACACCUGUGAGGUGUGCGGCAAAAAGUACGGAGAUCGUCAUAAUCUCGACCAUCAUAUUGAAAAAUAUCACUCGGAAACGGAUUUCGAGUGCAGCCUGUGCGAGAAACGUUUCUUUACGCGUAAAAGCUUGCACUACCACAUGAACUGGCACAAUCCGGAGCGCCAGCUCAGAUGUCGCCACAGCGGCUGCGACAGGCUGUUUAUCAACCAACGACAUCUCAAGUGUCACGAGGCAACGCACUCAACGGGCCCCCGCAAGAGCGAAUACUGCGGCUUCUGUGGUAAAGCUUUCAUACACGUUAAAACUCUACGUUGGCACAUCUAUCGACAGCAUGGCGGAGAGAAGCCUUUUAAGUGCGCCAACUGCACUGAGGUUUUUGGCUCCUAUGCGGAAAAGCGCUUACACAUGCUGGAGCAGCACACGGAAAAUCUGACUCAUCAGGAGCGCAGCGAAUGCAUGUUUCAGUCCUGUCGCCAGGAGUUCGACACCGAACAGGAGCUCAUCCAGCACAUGAGCGUUGAGCAUGUGCAGCGCGAACCCUCCACCCCGAUAAUUGCGAAUAAUAAACGCGUGCUCCAGUGCAAACGGGAGCGACAGUAUACGGGUCUCUUCCAGUGCGGCAGCUGUACGCAACGUUUUAACAUGAAGUCCGCCCUGGAGCGGCACAUGGCUGUCCAUUCUGCUGACCGGCUGCAUGCCUGCCCGCACUGCUCUAAGCGGUACAAGCGUGCCCAGGACCUGAAGUGGCACAUGAAGACGCACGCCAAUGAGAAGCCCAAUGUGUGCGAUGUCUGCGGCAAGGCGUUUGCCCUGAAAUAUGUGCUUACCCAGCAUAUGCGCAGUCAUGAGGUUCUCGAGAAGAACUUCAAGUGCGAGACCUGCGGACGGGCCUAUCUGUUUGAGAAGUCUCUGCGUCUGCAUCAGCGCGUUCACACGGGCAACACCUACUACAAGUGCGAUUUGUGCCAGGAGCGUUUUGUCACUCACAUCAAAUUUAAAACUCAUAUGAAAAAGACACAUGAUAGCAGCCAGUCGCAUGCCAAAGAUACGCUGGAUGAUUUGAUCAACAUUGUGAUUUCCUGAAUUGUACCAAUGAUAUAGUCCAAGUGGAACAGCAAAAAGAAAACUAUUAUUCAGUUAGCAAAGCAUCAAAAAUACUGGAAUACUAUAAGGGUGAAAACGCUUUCAAAAAGUCACGCCCAGCACAGAAUUUUUAAAUCGUAGACCCUCCAUUCAAUCCUAUCAUUAGACUUAACUUGAAUACACAUUCAUAUAUGGAUCAUGCACAGGGUACUGUUAUCUGUAUGCAAAAUUCAUAGAACUAUAUAUAUUUCCUUUGUACUUUACUCUCAUUCUGCAGCAUUAGCUCUAAGCUCUCACAUAACGUAUUUUUUCCAUCCAAAUCUUUAAUCUUGAAUACCUAUUUCCAUGCCAUUCACAUAAUGCACAAAUAUGACCAUUUGGUGACCAUUUUAGUUUUAAGAAAAAAGUUUAAAAAAUGUAUUUAUGCUCGAAAAAGAAAUUGCAUUUAUUUAAAAAGAAGUAAACACAAAUAUUUACAAUUACAAUUAUGAGAUACAAUGUAUUAUAAGAAAUAUCAACACCUGUAGUAAUGUAUAUAAGUUGUGUUAGUGCAAAAUAUG